UAGUAAUCAUAACUCUUGGUAUUCGAAUUGUUCUUUUCGUGGGGCUGAUGGGGAGUUUUUUCAUUAUUCAUCUCGCUAAUGCUCAAGAGCAACUAGGAUUCAUCAACCUGGAUUGCGGAAUGCCAAAUAACGAGUCUACUUAUACCGAAAAUUCUACCACUUUGUUUUACUCAUCCGAUGCGGAUUUCAUCCGUAGUGGAAAAAGUGGCAAAAUCAAGAAUAACGAAAUUGAGUACUUGAAGCCAUACAGACACCUAAGAUAUUUUCCCGAAGGAAUACGGAAUUGCUACAAUCUAAUGGCCAUGAAGGGCAUCACAUAUCUUAUUAGAGCUGUCUUCGCAUAUGGAAACUAUGAUGGUCUUAAAACUUCUCCCAACUUUGAUCUCUACAUAGGACCUAACUUGUGGGCGACCAUAGAUUUUCAAGAUCAACUUUCAGAUAUUAGUAAGCUCACAUUGCAAGAAGGUAUCGCAGAGGAGUUAAUUCAUAUGUCAAAGUCAAACUCUUUGGACAUUUGUCUCGUUUCGACAGGAACAACAACACCAUUCAUAUCAGCCUUAGAACUACGGCCCCUGAGAGAAGAUAGUUAUACUACUGAUUCCGGCUCACUGAAGCUCUUAUUUCGACAGCUUUUGCUAAGUAGCUUUGACGAAUUUGAUCUCCAGAUUCGAGAUUUGUCUACAAGUGGAUUAAUUGGUGCUGUAUCUCCUGACAUAGUAAAUCUAAGCCAGCUACAAAAAUUAGACUUGAGUUACAACAACCUUAGUGGCUCAAUUCCUCAAACUCUUCGUAACAUGAAAAAGAAAGGUCUAAAGUUGACUGCUCAAGGAAAUCCAAACCUCUGUUUGUCUUCGUCUUGCGAAACUAAUGGAAGACACGGGAAUAAAACUCUGGUUCUUGUUAUUGUGUCAGUUGCUUUCAUCGGCAUUAUUGCAGUUGUGUUUCUUCUGAUCAUUUCUGUUAAUAGAAAGAAGAUCAGGUCAUCGAAAGAAGAGUGUGGUCGGCCGACUUUGAGUUGGGAAAAUAGGCUAAAAAUUGCUGUAGAAACUGCACAAGGAUUGGAGUACCUACAUAUUGGCUGUAAACCACCAAUGAUUCAUCGAGAUGUAAAAUCUACAAAUAUACUCCUCGAUGAGCACUUUCAAGCAAAAAUCAGCGAUUUUGGUUUUUCAAGAUAUUCCCCCAGUAGGAGGUGAAACUCACGUGUCAACACAUGUUGUUGGAUCACCUGGUUAUCUUGAUCCUGAAUACUACAAAUCAAAUUGGUUGACCGGGAAAAGUGAUGUCUACAGUUUUGGGAUUGUAUUAUUGGAAAUAAUCACAAGUCGGAAAGUAAUUGACCAUAUUCGUGAAGAGCCUCACAUAGUCGAAUGGGUUGGAUUUAGACUGAUAAAUGGAGAUAUCAAAAAUAUUGUGGAUCCAAGUCUUGUUGGAAAUUAUGGCUCUAGUUCUGCUUGGAAGGCUCUUGAACUAUCAAUGUCAUGUGUUACUCCUUAUUCAUCUGGAAGACCAACCAUGUCUCAAGUUUCUAGUGAGCUAAAAGCAUGUCUUUUCUCCGAGAACUCACGAAAAGGAGGGAUACCUGACAUGGAUUUGAAGAACUCCUCCACUGAACCUACCAUGAGCUUUAGUCCCAAAGAGAACCCUGAUGCAUGCUAGUUCAUGCCAAGAAUUUGGGUAUGAAGAGAACUUCUUCAGAAUUUCUAUGUUCUGUAAAUUGGAUUUUAUAAAUCUUGAUCAAAAUCAAACACCUCUAGUAUGCUAAACUUUGAAACUUAUUCAGAACCCAAGUUGUCAAAGGUUCAACAUUUACUCAACGGGCUUGAAAAAAUUUCAUUCCUUUUUUCUGCAAUAAUUUCUUUAAUAAUACUAGGUGAUGAUCUGUGUAUACAUGCGGAUUAAUAUUUUGUUUUAUAUUUUAAAAUUUUUAAUUAAUAGAGUAUUUUAAUUUAAAUAUAAUUAUAUUUUUGAACUUGCUAAUUAUAUAAAUAUUGUAUGAACUAAUU